AUGCCGGCCAAAAUGAAGCAGGCAACGCUUUUGUCCUUUUUCACGAGGUCAAAUGUGAAAAGUUCAACGGCUACUAAAUUGAACAGUAGCAAGCCCAAAUCGGUUGAGAAUAUAACACCAACAAGUUCUUCACCGAUAAGAGGGAAAAGCCAAUCUACAACUGCAGGGAGAAAAGUCAAUUCGAAUCCCAUCAAGGAGAAUACACCAAAUACACCGAAAUCAGCCAAAAAGCAAGCAAAACACGAAGAGAAGCAGAAUUUAGCUAAAGAUGUUCCAUCAUCACCAUUAGAAACACUGUCAAGCGGCAGACGUGUGAGGAAGGUGAAUUAUUCUGAGUUCUCGGAUGACGAAGAUGAAGAUGAUGAAGUUGUUGGGGGACGAAGAAAAAGGAGAAAGAUCCAUCAGAUUGUUGCUGCAGAGGAUGAUAGCGAUAGUGAUGAGUAUCAUAUUGAGGAUGAAGACGCAGACGUUGUUGAGGAUGAAGACGAGGAUGCAGAUGAGCUGCAAAAUGAUAAAAGCUACGUUGAGGAGAAGCCGGAUUUGGGUGAUGAUGUUGUGGUUGAUGAUGAUGAUGAUGAUGAUGAUGAUAUAGUGAUUGAUGAUGAGGCUCCUCGCAGAUCGAGGAAGAAGAAUAUUGCACACAAGCAAUCGAAACGAAGUGAAGAGAUACAUGCAGUAAGAAGUUCUUCAACUUCCGAGGAGGAUAACGAUAAGAUGGAUUUGGACGAGAUGGAGAGCGAUAAAGUGGCACAUCCUACUUCGAGUGUGGCUGAUAAGUUUUCUGCGGGCUCAACGUUUGUCCCCAAGAAAGAGAAGGCAGAAAGCGGCACACUCUCCAUAUUGGGUAAGAAGAGAAAGCAUAUGACACCCCAGAACAGGUUUUCUAAGGAAAACGAGGAGAGAUAUCAGUGGUUGGUGAACGUGAAAGAUGCGGAAGGUAGGCCGGAAACGGAUCCAGAGUAUGAUUCGAGGACUUUGUACAUACCGAACUCUGCUUGGUCGAAAUUCAGUGCUUUCGAGAAGCAGUACUGGGCAAUCAAGUGCAAGAUGUGGGAUACGGUUGUUUUCUUCAAGAAAGGAAAGUUUUUCGAGUUGUACGAGAACGAUGCCGACAUUGCACACCAGAAAUUCGACUUGAAGCUUGCUGGAACAGGCAGGGCGAACAUGCGGCUUGCCGGAAUUCCGGAGAUGUCGUUUGACUACUGGGCGAAGAGGUUUGUGGAUGAAGGUUACAAAGUUGCCAAAGUGAUCCAGAAGGAGACAUCUUUGGGCAAGCAGAUGAGAGAGAGAAACUCGCGGGGGAAGAGCAAGGCCUCUAAAGUUAUCAAGAGAGAGUUGGACUGCGUUUUGACCUGCGGAACACUCACUGACCAGAACAUGUUGACGGAUGACAUGUCGAAGUAUUGUCUUUCGAUAAAAGAGCGGGUCAAUGAGGAUGCCAGCAAGACCUUUGGCGUGUGCUUUGUGGACACAUCGACUGGAAAACUGGAAGUCACCCAGUUUGACGAUGACCCAGAGUGCGGCAGACUCGAGACAUUGCUUGCACAGGUUCAGCCAAUGGAGGUUUUGGUCGAGAAAUCAAAGAUCAGUCCUUUGGCAAUGAAAAUUCUUCGGUUCAACUCGCACGCAGGUGCAUUUUUCAACUUCUUGAAGCCGGAAACGGAAUUCUUGGGCUUCGAUAGUACGUUUGAGCAGCUCUGCAGUGGCAAGUACUUUGACAAGGAUAACCCGGAUGACUUGACGCAGUAUCCGGCAAUACUCAGGACUUACUACAAGUCGGAGAAGAUUGAGGCGUUCAGUGCCUUUGGGGCUCUUUUGUGGUACCUGAAAUCGUUGAAGUUGGACAAGGCAACAAUCUCAAUGGGCAACAUCACCGAGUACGAUCCAUUCAAGAGCACCUUCGCCAAUGCCACCAUGAGGUUGGACGAAUUUGGAGAUAUUCAGCAAUCGUUUGACCAGAGCAGCAAGGGCACGUUAUUCCGUCUUUUGAACCGAGGCGUGACCUCGUUUGGCAAGCGUGCUUUCAGGAAUUGGGUGAUGCAUCCAUUGACGAACAAAAAGCUCUUGGACGAGAGAUUGGACUCCGUUGAGUUGCUCAUGAACGAUGGUGAGCUUAGAUCGCUGAUCGAGCACAAGCUGUCAUCUUUGCCGGAUCUUGAGCGGCUUCUUGCCCGGGUGCAUUCUGGAAGUUUGCAGGUGAAGGAUUUCUCGAAGGUUAUCAGCGGCUUUGAGACCGUCAUGGCUUUGAUCAGGACCCUCAGCCAGACUUAUGGUGCAGAGGGGGCAAAGGUGAGUGGAUCAUUGGGCAGACUCAUCAAGAGUUUUCCCCGCGAACUUGAAACCUGCAUCUCGAAGUGGUCUUCUGCAUUUGACAGACACGCAGCUUUGGAGGAUGGAGUGCUCAUUCCUGCCAAAGGUGUGGAGCCUGAAUUCGAUCAAAGCCAGGAGACAGUGAAGGGAUUUGAGCAGGAGCUUGAAGAUACCAUUAAGCGGUAUCGGAAGGAGUACAGAUGCCAGGAAAUGUGCUACAAGGACUAUGGAAAGGAGCUAUAUCUGAUAGAAGUUCCCCGAAAAGCGGUUUCGCGGAUUCCCGAGGACUGGCAGCAGAUGUCGGCAACAUCAAAAUCCAAAAGAUACUGGUCUCCAGAGGUGAAGGAGCUUGUUCAGAGCUUGCUCGAGGCAAGAGAGACACACAGAGCAUUAUGUGACACUCUUGAGCAGAAGAUGUAUGCCAGGUUUGACUCGGACUGCAAGACUUGGACCUGUGCCGUCCAGACCAUCGCACAACUUGACUGCUUGAUCUCUUUGGUGCGAGCAUCCGAGUCUCUAGGAUCGCCUCUCUGCAGGCCGAAGUUCAUCGAUGGGGACCGUGCAUUUUUGGAUUUCAAAGAGUUACGACACCCAUGCUUCAUUCCAGGAGGCUCUUCUGGCACUAGAGACUUCAUUCCCAAUGAUGUGAGCCUUGGAAGCCACGGGAAAGGACAGAUUGCACUUUUGACGGGUGCCAAUGCUGCUGGUAAAUCCACACUUUUGAGAAUGACCGGUGUGGCCGUCAUCAUGGCUCAGAUUGGAUGCUUUAUUCCAGCCAAAGAGGCCACACUGGUCCCAGUUGACGCCAUAAUGACGCGUCUAGGUGCAAACGACAACAUCAUGCAGGGGAAAUCCACAUUCUUUGUCGAGCUUUCCGAGACGAAAAGAAUGCUUGACAACGCAACACCCAAAUCACUCAUUAUCCUCGAUGAACUUGGAAGAGGAGGCUCGUCAAGUGAUGGUUUUGCAAUUGCGGAGGCUGUUUUACACCAUAUUGCCACGCACGUGCAGUCUAUUGGCUUCUUUGCAACCCAUUACGGAACUUUGGGCCAGUCUUUCCUCAAUCAUAGACGUAUUCAACCUCUAAGGAUGGGUAUAUUGGUGGAUGAAGAAUCGAGAAACAUCACUUUUCUUUACAAGUUACAACCCGGAAAGUCGAACGGCUCCUUUGGAAUGCAUGUUGCAUCCAUGUGUGGUGUUCCGAAGGAGAUUGUUGAUAAUGCUGAGGUUGCUGCCAAGACUCAUGAGCAUACUUCUAGAUUGAAGAAGGUGCACCAGUCUCAGGAGAGCAUCAUUCCACUAGGACUUGAGAGUGACUUCUCGUGGAUAGACCAGAAAAAGCCAUUGGAACGCACAUGCGCUGUGUACAACGAGAAUGUCAAAAAGACGGCAUUAAAGACGAUAUUCGAGUUGAUCGACGGCAUCUAA